AUGAUCGAAAACGAUGACUCUCCUCAGCAUCCUUCUUUAUUCUUCACUGACUUCACACGUGCCAACUCCCACGUGCGGGUUCUGCAUCACAAAUUCUUGGGAAAAGGUGUUUAUGGUUCUGUUGAUCUCAUCAGAUACACUAAAACCGAUGGUUCCUCGUUACAAGCCGCCGUAAAAACAUCUUACGCUGAAGAUCUCGAAGAAUACGACGCGCUCAAAAGAGAGAUACAGAUUCUGUCUGAACUCAAGGGAUAUCCCAACAUCGUUAUUUGCUAUGGAGACGAUUUGGAAGAAGAUUUCAACGAACACGGACACAAAGUUUACAAAUUGCUUCUUGAAUACGCAAACGAAGGGAGUUUAAGUUCAUUCAUGGAGAAUUAUCCCGACAGAAAGUUACCAGAUCCGAUGAUCAGAGACUUCACGCGGAUGAUUCUCGAAGGAUUGGUCUCAAUGCAUAGUCACGGUUAUGUUCAUUGCGAUCUCAAAUCCGAUAACCUUCUUAUCUUCUCUCGGAAAGAUUCUGCUUCGUGCGAGUUAAAGAUUUUUGAUUUUGGAAACUGUAGACAAGUCGGAGAAGUUCCGGAUCACUGGAAAAGUGAUUACCCGUAUGUGGGAACGCCUGAGUCUUUCUUCGACGGUGUUGCCAAGAAAACCCUAGAUUUGUGGUCGUUAGGGUGCUUAGUGUUGAAGAUUUAUACAGGUGAGCAGCCAUGGGAAAGAGUUACUAGUGUCGAUUUCGUGAAUUUUCUUAGUGAUGGUGAAGCUCCAAAUAUUCCUGAAUAUGUGCCUUGUGAUGCAAGAGAGUUUAUUGAAACGUGUUUCGCAAGGGAACAUGAGAAGAGAGGUACCGCGUCUGAGUUGUUAUUGCAUCCGUUUUUGUGUCAGAAGCAACCCUUGCUGGUGAAGUUGAAAUUGAGAAUCAAACAAGCUUCGAAGAUAACAAUGGGUAUUAGAGAGAAGCCCCUGACAUUGAAGAUGUUUCUAUCUAAGCCUCCACAACUUAAAAAACUUUUGAGUAAACUUUUGAGGUUGAAGAAGAUGAUUCAUCCGAAACCAUUGGAAUUGGAUUCUAGUUUCGUUUCUUACAGUAGUGAUCUCUGUUUAUUAUAA